UCUCUCUCUCUCUCUCUUUCUCUCUCUCCCUGCCUCCGUCCCCCCUCACAAUCCAUAUCACACGCACGCGCGGACAUAGGCCGAAAGCAUGGUCAAUCCAAUCGACCGGGCCAAGUUGGAGAGCAUCCUCGCGGAGGAUAUCCCCACCAGCCCGGGGUUCCGGCUGAAAGGCCGCGAGAAGCAGUACUGCUGCGGGUGCAGCCUGGACGUGACGCGCUCCAUCAGCAUCCGGUGCGCCGUGUGCGAGGAUGUCGACCUGUGCGUCGAGUGCUUUGCCCUCGGGGCCGAGGUGGGCCUGCACCUGCGCGAGCAUCCGUAUCAUGUGCUGGACACCCUGGACUAUCCGCUGUUCACGGCGGACUGGUGGGCCGACGAGGAGAUCGCCCUGCUGGAGGGCAUCGAAAAGCACGGGCUCGGGAGUUGGUACGAUGUGGCGGUCUUCAUGGGGACCAAGACUCCGGAGGACAUCGACGACCACUACAAGCGCAUCUACCUGACCGGGCCCCAGGCGCCGAUGCCGCGCACCGACAUCCCGAUCGACCCGGUCGAGGAGCAUGAGUAUCGGCGGAAGCGCCUGGCGCUGGCUCGCGGCGCCGGCAGCCUCCCGGCGCCGGUCCUGCGCCACGAGAAGCCGGAUCCCAGCGGCCCGGUGUGCCACGAGCUGCCGACCUACAUGCCGCUGCGCGGGGAGUUUGAGGUCGAGCAUGACAAUGACGCCGAGCAGGCCAUCACCAAUCUCUUCUUCAAUGAUGAGGAGGACUCGCCGGAGGACAUCGAGCUCAAGCUGAAGAUGCUGGAAAUCUACAACUACCGCCUCGCACGGCGGUAUGAGAGGCGAAACUUCCUCCUCGAACGGGGCUUGGUGAACUUCAGCCUGUACCGGUCCGAGGAGAAGCACCGGUCCAAGGAAGAGCGAGAUCUGAUCAAUCGAUACAAGGUCUUCUCGAAGCUCCAGUCGCACGAGGACUUCAUCCUCUUCGUUGAGGGUCUACUGAACGAGCACCGCAUCCGCCAGCGCAUCGCCCAGCUGCAGGAGUACCGCCAGGCGGGCAUCCGAACCGAGGCCGCGGCGGCCACAUACGAAUUGGACAAGAUUGCUCGCCAUCACGACCCGGCCAAUCGGGUUGUCAAGCCCGGAUCGACGCUACUCAUGUCCGGGGGACUGGGGCAUGGGGGUGCCUCCGGGCCGGGCUCGGCCGGGCCGGGCGCCGGCGCCGUGUCAUCCCGACAGUACCGCGCAGCGCGCGACCAACACCAGGGUGCUGCCCACCCACGCCGCCAGGGCCCGCUGGACAUCACCCACUGCGAGGGGUUCCAGCUGCUGUCGGCCGAGGAGGCGCGGCUGUGCUCCUUCCUGCGGCUCCUGCCACGCGCGUAUUUGACCCUGAAGGAGACCCUCCUGUCGGAGGCGAAGCUGGCCGGCGACAAGGACGGGGUGCUGACACUGGACCGGGCGCAGGCGCUGGUUGGUCUGGACCCGGACAAGGUGGAGGCGUGCUAUCACUUUUUCCAGAAGGCCGGGUGGAUAGGCCCGACGCGCCGGGUGCGCCCCCGCGACGACAGUGUCUGACGAGAGAGGCGCGGGAGGGAGGAAAAGGUAAAAUGAAACCCCUCUGGCCCCA